AUGGCUGCCACUGGCUGCGCGUCGCCGCUGCCAGACGUGAUUCACUCGCCCGAACUCUGCGCCGAUACGGACGACGUCGGUUUUGCCAGCCCUGUUGGUCGCUUCCGGCCCUUUCUCUGGCGAGGCAAGAAGGUGUCGGUCUUGACACCUGACGCCAGCAAUGCGGUUGGCGUCCAUGCCGCAGCGACUGCCAUGCACCGGCUGGGGCUAGGGUCGUCGCCCGAGACGCUCCAUGUGUACGGCAUCACCGAGAACGCCGACGGUCAGUGGGGCAUCGUCACCGAGCGCAUCAAUCACGGCUGUCCAGGACGUCUCUUUGCGGUAUCUGCGCCGACGGCCGCGUUUUCAUUGAGCGAGUUUCUUGGCUUCAAGCCGCCGCCGCCAGCCCGCGACGCACUAGCGUUCGUUAGUCUACAAGAAGUCCUGGACCAGAAUCAGACGUCGCCGCUACCACGACGCGCCCGGCUAUCGCUAUCGCUGGCGCUCGCAGAAGCCGUCGCGUCACUUCACGUCCGAGGCAUCGUUCAUGGCGCCAUGAACCCCGCCAACAUCCUCGUUGCAGCUGCGGCGGACGAUCGUAUUAUGGUCAAGUUGAUCGACGUUGGCGCCCGGCCGCGCACUGCGUACUCGGACCCCGAGUGCAGUACCCAUGCGACGGUAGCCGCCGAUGUCUAUGCACUCGGGGCGCUCGUGGCCCAUCUGUACGUGAGCGGCAUGUCGCUCGAGGUCAAGGCCCCCGCCGAUCUCAUCCGGUUUGUUCAGCUGGGCAAUCGACGAGCGUUGCUGGCGCGUCAAUGUCCCGUAUGGCUCUCGCUUCUCGUUGCCAAGUGCAUGAACUCGGACGCGACCAAGCGACCGUCGAUCGACUACGUAGUGGCGUGCCUAGGUGAGUCGACUGAGAAGGUUAAGAAGCUCCAGACCGUCCGCGUCCUGGCACCUCACGAGCUAGGGCCGAUGACGCACCUUCUUGGUUCGGGCUCCAAUGGCGCCGUCUACCGCAGUCUUCUUGAUGGCCGCGACGUGGCGGUCAAAGUCCUCUCGCCGGCCACGACAAAAGAGAUCUUUGAGCAUGAAGUGUGGCUCCUCGCCGAGCUUGGGACGUCAAUACACACGGUCGAGCUCGUCGGCACGUCGGUCCUUCCGGUUCCGUCCCACCCAAAGCUCGUCACGCGAUGUAUUGUCAUGGAGUUUAUGGCGGGCGGCAGUUUGCAGGAGCGCCUCUACGGAGGCACCCUCACUCUCGGCGAGGUCAUAACGAUCGCACUGGAGAUUGCCGGCGCUUUGGCCUCGUUCCACGAGCGCAACAUCAUCCACCGGGACAUCAAGCCGGCCAACAUCCUGUUCGAUGCACACGGGCAUGUCAAGGUGGCCGACUUUGGCGUCGGCUGCAAGGUCACCGGACGCACCAUGACAACUCGCACCGGUACCUACGAGUACAUGGCCCCCGAGGUGUUCGACACCGACGACUACACGGCAGCCGCCGACAUGUACUCGUUUGGCGUCCUUCUCACGACCCUUCUCGAGCCGUUCGCCGACGGCCCACCGGGCCUUCUUGCGCUUGCGCGUCAGUGUAUGCAGCGGGAUCCUCGGGAGCGGCCGACGGCCGGCGCCGCCGCACGUGUCUUACAGCCGCUGGUGUGGACCGUGGCGCCGUUGCCGAUCAUUCCGUUGCAGCUCCUCCAGAUCGUUGGCAGCCCGGUGGGACACCCGAUCGCGUACUUGUACCUGGGUGCCUCGGUCGUGCUUGAGCCCGCGCCGCGCGGACACAGCGCCCAACAGCUUGUCCUCGACGCCUACCGCCACAACUCGGAGCACACGGUGCACUUGCUCGGCCUCGUUCUCGAGCUCCCGACGCCGAUGGUCGUUGUCGAGGCGACGACGAGGCUGCGACCGUUUCUGCAACGCACGAGCUGCCACGUCAUGGCGCUGGUGCGCGCGAUAACUGAAGCGCUGGCGGCACUGCAUGCACGGAAGGCGGUCGUGGCACAUUUGGUCCCAAAUGCCAUCGCCGUCGACGGCAACGGACGCGUCAAGGUGAAAAGCUGCGGCGUCGACACCACGGGCGCUGCACUGUACAUGGCGCCCGAAGUGGCCGCCGGGGCACCAACAACGUUCGCGUCCAAUGUCUACUCGCUUGGUAAGCUCUGGGCGACCCUAUGGCAUCUUCGUGGCGAAACCUGCAGCUCAUAUCCGCCAGGGUCGGCCAACAGCUAG